AUGUCUUUAUCUUCUAGUUAUUCUAAUCUCCUAGCAGAUUAUCACAAUUCCAGUCUUGCUAGUCAUAGACUAGAAAAUAAUCAACAUGAUGAUAUCACUGAAACUGAAUUUUUACCUGAUGUUAGAGCUAGUUAUCACUAUAUUACCCCUACUUUACAUUGUAAUGAUUAUCUGAAUGCUAUUGAUUAUUCUAUGGAUCCUAUUUAUUUAGAACGUAAACGUGCAUCUCGUGUACCAUUAUCUCAAAUUCUACCUCGUAGUAUAACAGAUCAAUUUGACGGAAAUGUAGUUUUGAUAGUUCCUAAAGUCGACCAGGCUCGUACUUUUCUACAGAAAUAUGGUUUCUUAGAUAGAUACGUUGAGUAUUUUGCUCCAGGAUAUGGAACAUAUGUUUUAGCAACAUUUCUUAAAGCUAAUUCUUCCCUAAAGGAUUUAGAUGUUCGACAUGCUUAUUAUGUGAGUAAUAAAAAAUAUCUUAAAUUCGAUUGUCUUCAUAACAUAAAGAAAAUCUUGAAUCAGACAGGGGGCCGUUAUCUGUAUGGUUGCAAAGGAUCACUAAACUUCUGUUGGGAACUUGCUCAAUUCCCAAAGCCUCGUAACGAUCAGUUUUUGUCAAAAACUCAGAAUUUUGUACUUGGACAGGGUAUUCGUUAG